UUUCAUAUUUCAAUAUAACUUUUUUCUAGGAUCCUCCCAGAUCCUGGCGACACACAGCUGUGCCUUUUAUCUCUAAAAUAGCUGUGCGAGGUCGCUGUACUCUUGCUUUCCCUGCAGCGUGCUGAGACACCUGUGCGAGCACCAGCAACAGGUCGUCGCUUCACAUCCCUCGAAUCCCCUCACACGGGUCUUCCUUUCCCCUGCCUGUAGAGGAAAUGCCCGACACCCUCCCGCUCACCCCGUAACAAGCCAGGGCCGGCACGAAGCGAGGGGUUUGGCGGCGGGGGUGCCCCCGUCCCCUCACGGCUCUGCCGCCGCCAUUUCCCCGGCGGGCCCCCGCCGCCCCUCAGGGCGCAUGCCCGGGGCCGCGCUGCCAUGGUUGCGGGGAGCGGCCGUAUCGGGACGCCCUGACAGAGCCGUGGGGGAAAACGAGCAAAGCACCGCCGUGCCGGGGGGUCCCAGCCGUGCCCCGAACCGCCCCGGGCCGGGGGGAGCGUAGGGAGGUGGGCGGCCAACGGCCCGACCCCCUGCCCCCUGGUGGUGCCCGCCCUGAGGGGCGCUGAGGGGAGGUGAGCCCCUGGGUGUGCGCCCUGAGGGAGGGCCUGGCUGCCGGCUGGUUUUGCUGUUAAUUCCUCCCUGUGCACGUUUCACCUAUGUAUGUAUGUAUCUAUAUAGAUACAUGCGUAUGUAAAGGGGCUGCUGACCGCUUGCUGGCAGCGUGCUGCAGCGUUAUGUCUGCUAAAGACCCGUGAAGAUGCUAAGUGUUUUGCAGUUGGAGGAAAAUAAGAUGUCAAUCUAUUCUAACUAGGCUGUUUGGGAAAGGACUUAGGAAAAGUUUUUCAGAACGAUGGAAAAUGGUGAGCAAGGUGUGUGUGAGCCAGAUGGCCCGUUCAGUGCAUCACCUGAGAAAGCAUCUCCUGUUACCGUUAUGAGUUACUCUACCUUACGUGAAUUAAGUAAUUCAGAAAGGGAAAAAGAAACAUCUCAAAACGCAGCGCUGUCAGAGAAUGUGACAAGUUCGACAGUGACAGGAAGCACUCUUAUGUGGAGUAUGGCUACAUUUCAUGAAACUAUCCAGUCUGAGAAGUUGCAUCUUGAUCUGGGACAUUUUGGUAGGAAAGCAGUUCAACAGGAUUACUGCAUGCCUGAUGUCAUCACUGUCAGAGUACAAACAGAUUCUGAUACAUUCCAAGAUGUAGCUGUAAAAAUUGAAAGACCUGCUUUUCGUAAACCAUUUCUGGGUGGAUAUAAGAACAGAAUAACAGGAGUGGAAUUUCAUAAUGCAGGAUCACAAACAAUACCCAAAAAACGACCUGAAAAAGGAACUACAUUAUUCUGUAGGGAAACACAGACUGUGUUUCAAAAAAAUAAACGUCAACAAACAGCAAAUCCAACAUCAACACAGAUGACUAAGGUCGGCCUGUAUGUGUCAAACGUGACUGACAAACUAAUAACACCUGGAAAGUAUCUCACAGCAGAAGAAUACCAUAAACGUCGACUUCAAGCUGUAAUAGUAUUACAGAAAUAUUUCCGCCGUUGGCAUGCUAGAAACCUAGUACAAAAAUUGAAGGAAGAAAAGAGAUUGAGGCUGGCAUGGGAGGCACAAGAAGAGUUACGAAAGAAAAAAGAGAAAGAAGACAAAGUGAGAAGGGAGCAUGAGCGAAGACUGAACCCUAAAACAAAAGAAGACUUUGAGCUGCUUUACCAUGCUUUAGAAUCUUGGAGACAGGAGGAGAUUGAACGGAUUAACGGAACUCUUACUGGAGCUGAAAGAAAGGCAGCACUUUGUGGACUUCUAGAGCAAGAGGCACAGCUGAUUGCUUCCAUUGGGAGACACAAACUAAAUGCAGAUGAGGAGAAUCAACGAAAAGCAGUACUGCACUUUCUGAAUAAGUGUGCAGAACCCAAGAGAUGGAAAGCAUAUGAUGGAAAAACCACUGAAAUGGAUACACCGUACACACUCCGUGCCAGAGAACUGCUUGAAAUCUACCGCAGUGUUAGCAUGAAUGACAUCCCAAAAGAUGAGAGAAUAGAUGUGCUGUUAACACUCAAAUGUACAGUGAAGGAACAUGCAUGUGAAUUAACAAAAGAAAUAGUGGAAUUAAUUGACAGAGAAGUUGAUCUUAUGUCAAGAGAGGUGAAAGAAUGGAACUUAGAAGGACUGAGGAAAAGAAUUUGUACAUUAUUUCUUCAGUAUAUUAAAAUGCCCAAUUUUAACCCUGAAGUUGCAAAGAUACUUAAGGUUCCACCAGAUCCUCUAAAGCUUUAUAAAAAUGUUAACUUCUGUCGUAGCUGCGAAAAUUACUUACCAUCUACUGAAUUUCCUGUUCCUGCUAAUUCCCGCACCAUUGGCAGAUGUCACUUGUGUUGCAAGCUUGAUAAUGAGGCUCGGCAACGAGAAUCAUUUCUGAAGUACAGACUUAUACUAGAAAAUCUCAGAAAGUCUGAAGCUGAUUAUCAGGAUGAUACUAAAAUUGUUUUCUUAGUUCAGCUGCAAGAUUUGCAGUACAUGAUUGAGAACAUCUGGGGCUGUCAGUCUGCUCUUAGUGCCUGCAGUGACCUCUAUGAUUUGGUGAUGGUCAGAUGGGAUAAGCAGCAGGAGUGGUCUCCGUGGAACACAAUUCUCCUCACUAAAGAUGAGGCAGAUGCACAUCUUAAGCUGUGUAACCUUCAAGAGGCUUAUGAAGCAGCGUUUGUUCACAGAAUAAAACAAAAACAUAUCCGGGCGAAAAAGUACUUUGCUCAGAUCCCAGCAAUGACAUCAUUUUUGCCUAGGAGUGACAAACAGGCUAAUGCAAGUUAAUUUUUAAUAGCUACACCUAUUCCUACCAGUACAAAAACAUAACUCAGGUGAAGUUAACUGAUGUUAGAGAAGUUAACUGAAUUAUUGAUUAAUACAAUUUCCUUGAUUUUGAAGAUUUUUUUUUACCAAUAUCUUAAUUGUAAAACAUCAAAAUAAACUUCUGCCUGUAAAAUAAUUUGAUCUUGAUUAUUCAAUAUUAUAUAUUUCAUGUUUUAUAACCUCAUUAUUUAAGAAGUAGAAUAUUGUUGAUGAGCUAUGUACAUUUAUGAGCUAUGACUGCUUUGCUGUGCAUGCCUGCAUUGCUUGGAAUAUUUGUUUCUGUGUAAUAUUGCUUUUGAGGAAAUCUAGCUAACUCUGUUAUCUUUCACUUAGAAAAGUAACAAUAUAUUAAUUUUAUAUAAUUUAUUUAAUUUUAUAUUAAUAUAUUAAAUGUAUUUUUCUGUCUUUAAGCAUAUCAGGCAGAGAACUACUCAAACUCUACAUUCCUAUAGAACAACACAAUUGAUAUGCCCUUCCAAAUCUGGCUGCUUUGACUUGGAAACAUCGGUGUAAAAAAGUAACUUCGCUUUUUAUGGCUUAUCUUGUUGGUCAUAAUGGAACUGCCAGCAUAAAAUUAUUGUAUCCAAGAUCAUGAAAUUACUGUGAAUCAGGCUUAAAAUUUGAAAAUACACAAUGCAGACUUUUCAGAAUGUUUAUUUUUUUGAGGAAUUUCUGUUAUUUAAAGUAGAAGUUAAUUGCUUCCCUGAACUUACAAAGUUAUGGUUAUGUUUGAUUAUCAUUACAGAGAAAUAUAUUUAAUAGUGUACAUUCAAUAAAGUGCUACAGAAAAUUGCUAA